UUUUAUUUAUUAUGGCCAUAAAAAAUGAAAGAGAGUGGUUAUAAGUCAAAAUUAGGCAUCAAUAUACUACUGACAAGGAAUUUCAAAUAAGCAACAAUGUCAAUGCUCAUUAAUUAAUUAAGAGUUUUAUAUGAUAUUAUUGUUAGUUUCUUGUUAUUUGCAUGUUUGCUAUCAACUAUGCAUGUCACUUUAUUUUUCUCCCCAUCUUUUCAAUUCAAUCUCAGUCUCAGACUCAGAGAAUGUACAGCACCUAGGAGAAGAUGAAAUGAAAUGAAAUAUACCUUUCUUUAUUAGUAGUUUUUUUUUCUUCUUAACUUUCUUUAUAUCUUGCAACAACCAUUACCAAGGAUUCUUGAUUUUCCCAUUCUUAACUAGCUGGCUAUUACAAAUGGAGGAACAAGAUAAACUCCAAGAAACUGGACUUGAAUCUCAACUGGCUUCAUGUUUUUCUUCUUCCUCUAGCAAAAGUCUUGUGUUUCCUUCUAGACCUGGCUAUGGAAAACUUGGGACAAAGUGUGUUGUCAAAGCUAAUCACUUCCUUGCAGAUAUAUCAGUAUCUGACUUGAGCCAUUACCAAGUUACUAUAACUCCUGAAGUAUUUUUUCGAAAAAAAAGAAAAGCUAUCAUAGUAGAGUUAGUGAGGCUUCAUCGGAACACUGAGUUGGGAAGGAAGCUUCCUGUUUAUGAUGGCGGAAGGAAUCUUUACACUGCCGGUUCGCUUCCUUUUACACACAAGGAGUUCAAUAUAGUAGUAGUGAAUGAGGAUGAUGAAGGUGCUAGCAGCAGUACAAGGGAAAGAGAAUUUGAAGUUGAAAUCAAGUUUGUAGCUCAUGUUAGCAUGCAUCAGUUACAUGAGCUUCUAAGUGGAAAAAAAGUGGAUACUCCACAUGAAGCUCUUAAGGUCAUUAGCAUUGUAUUAAAGGAGCUUGCAUCUCAUAGCUAUGUAUCAUUUGGGAGGUUACUUUAUUCUCCGGAUUUAAGAAAAUCGCAUAAUCUGAGUGGUGGCUUGGAAUUGUGGCACGGUUUCUACCAAAGUAUAAAGCCUACUCAGAUGGGAUUAUCGCUUAACGUUGACUUGUCAUCAUCUGCGUUUAUAGAACCGCUCCCUGUGAUCGACAUUGUAGCUCAAAUCUUAGAAAAAGAUGUGUACUCAAAGCCAAUUUCAGAUGCAGAUCGCGUCAAGAUUAAGAAAGCCUUAAGAGGUGUGAAAGUAGAAGUUACAUAUAGAGGAAGUUUUAGAAGGAAGUACAGGAUAACAGGAGUAACAUCACAGCCUACAAGGGAACUCUUUUUCCCUCUGGAUGAGAAAAUGAACAUGAAAUCAGUAGUUGAUUACUUUCAAGAAAUGUAUGGAUAUACAAUCAUGUAUCCUCAUUUACCUUGCAUUCAAGUAGGCGAAAAGAAGGCGAACUAUUUGCCUAUGGAGGCAUGCAAGAUAGUUGAAGGUCAGAGAUGUACAAAAGGGCUUAAUGAUAAGCAGAUAACUUCUUUGCUAAAAGUUUCAUGCCUAAGGCCACGUGAAAGGGAGAAAGAUAUUCUCCAGACAAUUCAUCAAAAUGAUUAUGAUUGCAAUCCUUAUGCAAAGGAGUUUGGUAUCAAAGUAGACAAAAAGCUUGCAUCAGUCGAGGCUCGAGUUCUUCCUGCUCCAUGGUUGAAAUAUCAUGACACUGGAAGAGAUUCAAAAAUCUUGCCACAAUGUGGUCAGUGGAACAUGGCAAACAAGAAAGUUAUAAAUGGAAGCAAAGUAAGAUAUUGGGCAUGUAUCAAUUUCUCAAGAAAUGUCCAACAAAGAACAGCUAAUGCAUUUUGCCAACAGUUAGUUCAGGCGUGCCAAUCUUUAGGCAUGGAAUUUAGUCAUGAACCUGUGAUUCCUGUGUAUUCAGCAAGACCAGAUAUGGUUAAGAAGGCCUUGAAGUAUGUACAUUCUACUUCUCUAAACAAACUUGAUGGGAAAGAGCUAGAGUUUCUCAUCGCGAUUCUUCCAGACAACAAUGGCUCUCUCUAUGGCGAUCUCAAAAAAAUCUGCGAAACGGAUUUAGGGCUGAUUUCUCAAUGCUGUCUUACAAAAUAUGUAUUCAAGAUUAAUAGACAUUAUUUAUCAAAUGUAGCACUGAAGAUCAAUGUCAAGAUGGGAGGAAGGAACACAGUACUUUUGGAUGCUCUAAGUUGCAGGAUUCCAUUGGUUAGCGACAUUCCAACAAUAAUUUUCGGAGCUGAUGUAAGUCAUCCAGAAGCCGGAGAGGAUGUUUGUCCAUCCCUUGCAGCCGUUGUAGCCUCCCAAGACUGGCCAGAAGUGACAAAGUAUGCAGGAUUAGUAUGUGCUCAGCCUCAUCGCGUGGAACUUAUUCACGAUCUUUUCAAAUGUUGGAACGAUCCUCAUCACGGUAUCGUUUAUGGUGGCAUGAUCAGAGAGCUCUUACUCUCAUUUCAGAAGGCAACUGGAAAAAAACCACUUAGGAUAAUAUUUUACAGGGAUGGGGUAAGUGAAGGACAGUUUUACCAGGUUUUGCUAUUUGAGCUUGAUGCAAUCCGCAAGGCUUGUGCAUCUUUGGAACCUGGUUACCAACCUCCGGUUACAUUUGUCGUUGUUCAGAAAGGGCAUCACACUAGACUCUUCCCAAACAAUCACAACGACAGAAACAGCACCGAUAGGAGUGGGAAUAUCUUGCCAGGUACUGUGGUGGAUUCGAAGAUAUGUCAUCCUACCGAGUUCGACUUCUACUUGUGCAGUCACGCAGGAAUUCAGGGUACAAGUAAACCUGCUCAUUAUAGUGUUAUAUGGGACGACAAUAACUUCAGUGCCGAUGAGAUUCAGUCCUUAACUAACAACUUGUGCUACACUUAUGCAAGAUGUACGCGAUCUGUUUCUGUAGUGCCUCCUGUUUACUAUGCGCAUCUGGCAGCUUACAGAGCUCGAUUCUACAUGGAACCUGAUGUCCACGAAAAUGUAAAAUCAGAGGUUACAAGAUCGAAAGUUGAGUCAGUUAGGCCGCUGCCAGCUCUAAAAGAGAAGGUGAAGAAAGUAAUGUUUUACUGUUGAAUGAGCUACCCGCGCAAUAUAGGAUGACUUCCAAGUAGAGAUGCAGCAACAUAUGUAGGAAAAGAAAACUCAUUGUAGGUGAGAAAUUAGUUCAGAAUGUACAAGUUUAACAGAACCUGUUCAUAUAGUAAAAUUCUCUACAUGGAAAAUUUUCAAAGUCUAAGUUUUGUUUCUUAGGCAUUCUAGUGAUUAUUGGUUGCUUAAAGCUUUGUUUGAAGGUUAUGAUGUUAAGGGAGGGAAGGGUUUUGGACAGUGGGAAAAGGAAAUAAAUGGAUGCAUGCUAGUUGCAGGCCACUGGUUUGUUAGUCACCAUGAAAGAAUUACUUAUUUUUAUAUAUAAUUACUCGUCUAACAGAUAUAUGAACAAAUAUAAGACGUUUGCAAA